CUUUUUCUCUGUCUUCCUCACCCACCCCCUUUCUCUCCGUCUCCCUCGUCCCUACACCUCCAGUCUGCUUCUGUUGUCUCGGCGGAUUGUUGGGCUGUGGGAGAGAAAGGAUAUCGCGAGUAUUGGAGUUUUGGUGAGAGUUUGUGGAAGAUGGCGCCUGUUGUGACAGGGAAGUUCGGGGAGCGCCCUCAGCCACAGCGCCUAACAAGAGAAGCGAUGAGGAAUUACCUGAAGGAGCGAGGUGACCAAACUGUCAUGAUCCUGCAUGCAAAAGUUGCACAGAAAUCCUAUGGCAAUGAGAAAAGGUUCUUCUGCCCUCCCCCCUGCGUGUACCUGAUGGGCAGUGGCUGGAAGAAAAAGAAGGAACAGAUGGAGCGGGACGGCUGCUCCGAGCAGGAGUCGCAGCCUUGUGCCUUCAUUGGCAUCGGCAACAGCGACCAAGAAAUGCAGCAGCUUAACUUAGAGGGAAAGAAUUAUUGCACAGCCAAAACCUUGUACAUAUCCGACUCCGACAAGAGAAAGCACUUCAUGUUGUCUGUCAAGAUGUUCUACGGCAACAGCGCUGACAUCGGUGUCUUCCUCAGCAAGAGGAUCAAAGUCAUCUCUAAGCCCUCCAAAAAGAAGCAGUCCCUCAAAAAUGCUGACUUGUGCAUCGCGUCAGGGACCAAGGUGGCACUGUUCAACAGGCUGCGGUCCCAAACAGUCAGCACGCGCUAUCUACACGUGGAGGGUGGCAACUUUCACGCCAGCUCCCAGCAGUGGGGCGCCUUCUACAUCCACCUGUUGGAUGACGAGGAGUCAGAAGGAGAAGAGUUCACUGUGAGAGACGGUUACAUCCACUACGGCCAGACAGUCAAGCUGGUUUGCUCUGUCACGGGCAUGGCCCUACCCAGACUGAUUAUCCGUAAGGUGGACAAGCAGACGGCAUUGCUGGAUGCAGACGACCCCGUCUCCCAGCUCCACAAGUGUGCCUUCUACCUGAAGGACACAGAACGCAUGUACCUGUGCCUUUCCCAAGAAAGGAUCAUCCAGUUUCAAGCCACUCCAUGCCCAAAGGAACCAAACAAGGAGAUGAUCAACGACGGCGCCUCCUGGACAAUCAUCAGCACAGACAAGGCCGAAUACACUUUCUACGAGGGCAUGGGCCCUGUUCACUCGCCUGUCACCCCCGUGCCUGUGGUAGAGAGCUUACAGCUAAACGGUGGUGGUGAUGUCGCCAUGUUGGAGCUGACGGGACAGAACUUCACUCCAAAUCUCCGGGUCUGGUUUGGCGAUGUUGAGGCUGAGACCAUGUACAGGUGUGCGGAGAGCAUGCUGUGCGUGGUGCCCGACAUCUCCGCCUUCCGCGAGGGCUGGCGCUGGGUGCGGCAGCCCGUUCAGGUGCCCGUCACGCUGGUGAGGAACGACGGCAUCAUCUACUCCACCACACUGACCUUCACCUACACGCCGGAGCCGGGGCCGCGGCCACACUGCAGCGCCGCGGGGGCCAUCCUUCGGGCCGGAAACUCCAGCCUGCUGAGCAGCAACAGCCAGGAGCCCGGCCCCGGCGUCUACGGCCCCAACAGCACCUCCAAUGCAGGAGUCACAUCCUCAUCCUCCACCGCCGCAGCUGUGGUCUCCUAACGCACACAGGGGGCCACUCAUUACAAUAUGCCUUGAGAGCAAAUAUACCAGAAGGUAUAUAAAGACUAUGGGAAAUAAUAAACAAAAACUGACUCACUCUAAAGUGCUGCGUAUUAAUUUUGGAUACAAAGAAGCUGAAGUGGAAAAAUCGGCGGGACAAAGGAGCAAACGCGGGGGAAAUCUGAAGGAGGAGUGACAUCACAAGGGUGUCAGCCAAUGGGAAUAAGUGAAAGUGCUCCUUGACACGCCCCCUCUCCUGUGGUUACUUUAGGGACCUGCCUAUCCAGUUCUGGUGUUUGGAAUGAGUGGAGUUCCUGCAGGCUCAGAGCACCAGCACCUUUCUACGGCUGUGAGAAUGGAAACCACAACAACAAUACAUCCACCGUGUACAAAAAAAAAAAAAAUUGUCUUGAAAGGAAAGUAUAUUUUUUGCGCUGCCCUGCUCCCCCCCUCCUCCCAUUUCCUCCCACCACUUGUUUUAUAAUUAUUCCUUUUUUGUUUUUGUGUUACUUUGCAUUAAUUUGUGGUUUCCUAAAGGGGGCUGGAUGUAUUGUUGUUGGAGGGAGCGCAAGGAUGCAGAGGGACACACAUAAAACGUGACGAUAACAUAGUUUUUAUGGACCAAGGAUCUUGUAUAAGCUUUAGUAAAGGUACAUUUUUCUCCAUACCUUUUUUGUAUUAAACAUAUAGUACACUUUUGUUACCAAAUAGUUUCUAUUCUUCCUCUGAGCUUGGGCUUUGUUUUCCCCCUUUGAGGUCCAAAAUCCCAACCUGUAUGUUAUUGCAACCUUACUACAAACGCCUGCUUUUUUUCAGUCUGGAUUGAACUUUUGUUUUGAUACUCUCACCUCUUCUGUUGGGGAAAAAUCUGAAGUCUGGGUUGUUUAUUUACAUAAGCGAAGGUUAUUGUUUUUUUUGUUUGUUUGUUUUUUUAAAUUGGGGAAUAACCUCAGAGGGCCUAUUUUUUAUCAUUGGUUUUUAUGAAGUCUUUAAAAAGAAAAGCUUUAAGCAACGCCUCUGCCUUGCCUGCAAUACUCUAUGUGCGCUAUGUCUCCUUUGGAAAAUAUACACAUCAGUACAUCUCACAUGGAGCCAUAGCAAUGUUUGCAGAAUACAUCAAAAACUAGACUUCCAUGGUUACGAAAAACAAGUCGGUUUGUCAUUUUCAAACUAUUGUAAUAAGCGUAGUCAUUGACUUAAAAGGAUAGCCUUAGUACUGUAUAUUCUUACUGUGUACACAGUCAAACCAGUCACAUAUCUAAUAUCCUGUACCUGUUGCUCUAUUGGUCACUGUUAACGUAUCAGAUAACGUAGUGAAACUUGUUGCUCAAAAACUGCACCUAGCGAGGUGUCUUCCAGUGUGUGCUGUAGUUCUGGUGGCAUUUAACUCCAGUGGUUUUCCAAAAACAGACGGACACUUUUAAAUUUGAUGUGGCCUUACUGAUAACUUAAGUUACAAAAAGAAAAAAAAAGAAAAAAAACUUAAAAAAAAAAAACUUCACUUUUUUCUUAUCUGCUGUUUACUCACCUUGGAAGAACCUGUGCAUAGCACAAAAACAAGCUAAUGCCUCGCUUCUUAUCACAGGAGCUCUGCUGUUUUGAGGUCAUUGCUGCGGCUCCAGAACCACCUUGUCAUGCAACGCAAAGCAGCCUUCUGAAGGAUCUCUCAGCCUUCAUUUUUGGUGUACAAGUACAAUAACCCCGUUUUUGUAUUCUCAUGCGGUGCCCGGCACCUUCUCACUUUUUUGGUACAAUGUCUCGCGAGCGCUGUAAGCUCCUUCCAGCCUUCUUUUUUAAAGAAAUCUCCUGUGGUUUAUUCUCUUCGCAGAAACAAGCGUGUGUACAUUGUGAACUCACUGUCCGAGUAGUUGCACUCAUCUGUGUUCAUGGCGACCGCGUAAAGGCCUUCUAAAUGUGUAUUACUGAAGAUGUGCAUUUCCAAACAUAACAGCAAUAUUGUACAGGUCAUUUCAUGGUUUUUGUCUGCCUGAGCACUAGUUCACCAGCCAGAAAAUAUAAGUGUGUGUGUUGUGCGUGUGUGUGUGCGUGUGUGAGUGUCAGUGUCAUAUGUAGUCGCUGUAAUGGAAUAUUGAGUCAGACUCGCUCCAUUUCAAAACUGCUCUCCAAAACGAAAGAAAACGUGAGAUUCAUUGGGUUUUUUCUGUCUUCCACCUGAAUCCAAAUGUCUGAUAAUUGUGGAUAAACAUUCAAAGGCAAUACCUGUGAUCUUAGUAUUACAGUACAACUGUAUACACUUCUGGGAAAAAGAACAACGAUACUGUAACUUGAAUGUCUGCUUAAUGAAGUAUUUCAGAAUUUUCUUACAAACAAAACCUUGAAACAGGAACAAAAAAGGAUUCGCUUGCACCCGCUUCAGUGUAAAAAAGAAAAAAAUUAAGUUAUGCCCCCAUUUCGCCUCCCUUGUCCACCUGUCCGUCAUUAAUGUUAAAUAUUUUAUAUUGUAAUAUUGAUAUUUUUUAAAUUAUUGGUACAAAGUCUCCCCAUGUCUUAUGUCAAAAAAAAAAAAAGGAAAGAAAAGUGCAUUAUUGCCCGUGCUGCCUAGGUUGGCCUGGGAGUGUAUUUUUUUUUUUUUUUUUUUUAAAUAGAGGCCACUUCCUGUCUGUCCUGGAAUUGUGGAGAAGUUGGUGCUGCAGCGGUAGUGUAGCAUCAAACCCGAGUAUUUUGCGCUUCUUCACACUGAGCUCUCGUGACAAGCUGCAGGUCGACCUGAACCCUUUACUCUGCAGGAUGGAGGUCACAAAAUCUUAACUGUAGAUUUUUAACUUGAGUGUUUUUCUAUGUCUACUAGCUCUAAAUUCAGCAAGUUUUUAACAUAGCCUCUGCAUUUAGCAUCACACACGCCCCCCUCCCUCCCUCCCUCCCUCCCCAGCCCCUUGAGCUUGGAUAUUUUUGGGUUUUUGUUUACAUGUUGAGUCGCCUCUUUUAGGCUAACCACCUCUGGCUCCUCUUCAUCUCCUCAUGCGAGUCUGAACAGAGCAGCUUUGUCACAUUUACUCAAACUAAUAAAGGGGGUGAUGCAUGCUUUUAAAAUGUGUCGCCUUGACAAUCCGAGCUGGUUUACAGUUUAUUUUUCUCUUAAAGCAUCUGGAGUUUUAAGAGAUUGGGAGGAUGCAGAAUAACUUGAUGACAUCCCUCACUCAUAAAGGGGAUGACCUGUCAAAAGGGGUCAAAUAAAUGUUACAUGCCUUCUUAAACGCACGCUGUAUAAACCUGGCGACAAAGCUUUCAGAGAGAGGAAAAAAAUGCCAUCUCAUUAGCAUUUGCGAUGCUUUUUCAAAAUAUCUUAACCGGUCUCUUUCUCUUUGUGUGUCUGGUCAUAAUCGUUUUACUCUUCCAAAAGCAGCUGUUCGUGUUUUUUUUCUUUUUUUUUUUUAUAAUGAGCUCUGAACAAUGUAUGUAUCCUCUAAUAUGCCAAAUGUCUUUUAUAAUGUAGUUUUCAUGCACUGCUAAACAAAACAGGGCAGAGUGAGAGGCAGCUUUAAACAAAUAAAAAAAAAAAAAAGGAGUGUGGAGCCCUUCUCUGUCGCACUCAGCCUUACUUCUCCUUAAGACUAUUUGGCUGUUUGCACUACAGAGCGCUAACCUUUCUUUUUCUCUCACACAUUUCAUCCUCACUCUCUGUGGCUCAUGUUCAUGUAUGUACAUUUGGAGUUUCCCCCCCCCCCCCCCUUGCUUUUUUUUGUUUUUAACGUGCAGCCUGUUAUGCUUAGCUUUGCUACAGUCGGAUCACUUUUUUUUUUUUUUUUUUGGUUGUCAUUUCCCCUCCUCCUCUUCUUCUUCUUCUUCAUGUCCUUUCACUAUCUUUCACUCUCACUGUAUCUGUGUAUUAUUCUAGUAAAUGGUAAGCAGAGGUGUCAUUGUGGUAGUAUACUCAGUGCUCAAAGGGUUGCUGAUGGUAGAAACCUGUGCCGUUUGUAACAUUUAGCAAUAACGUCAAAACAAAGGGGACGGUUUUUUGAUAACAUACGUUAGUUUGUUUUUGUACAUAUUGCAGCUCCAGAUCAUGCUCAAAUCUGUAUGUCAUUAAAAGAAGAAAAAAAAAACGUGAAAAAAAAACUUGCAAUA